AUGUCGUCUACUGAAGAAACUGCUCAACUAAAAGCAGGUCACCCGCCAGCAGUUAAAGCUGGUGGUAUGAGGAUUACUCAGAACAAGAUUACACAUUCCAAAGAUCCUAAAGAGACAGCAAAUGAAGAUCUAACUGGACUAUCAGGCCCUUCUCCUGUUCCCACCAACCCAGUGACCAUUUCUGGUGCACCAAACAGAGGAAAUGCUGAUUUCACCCCAGAAGCAGCACAGAUAGCCCAUAGUCCAAAACCGCCAGCACAUAUUAAUAUUAAGCCCAGUCUGCAUAUUCAGCAACCUCGGAAA